CGAACACGAACCCGCUUCGCGUGGAAAAAAAAAGGCGGUGAUUUUAUUUAUUUCUUCUCCUUGUUGGCGUGAAAAAAAAAAAAUCAAUCCUUCAAAUUAUUGCUAGAACAAAAAUAUAACCAUCAUCGUUAAUAUCUAAAUGAUGCAAUACGCGUCCCAAGAUGGUCUGUUUCCAGACUUUCGUGUGCGCAAACUUCCCACUAUUACAUACAAGCGCAAACAGCGUGCCUUUCCUCCAGUCUCAACAUGGAACCCCACCAUGCCAUCAUCAUCAUCAUUCCUCACCCCACCAACAGUAACAUCCGAAUCUCGAAACACAUCGGCCAGUCAUGAUUCUGCGGAAAAAUCGACGGUUACAACAGAGAACAACCCACUGACGGUCUUUCAGCGUCUUCGAAAAGAGUUGGAUAAUGCGGUGGAUAUUUUUGGAUUUCCUUCCGAGGGAGAUCCUAUCAAAAGAAGACAACACGAGAAUGAGGAACAAACUAACAAAAUUUUGCCUAAUAAUGUCGGCAAGAGCAAGGAAUCAAGUGUAUUCGAUAUAUUUGACCUGCCAGAUCCUUCUCAUCGCGCAUCUCAGCACUUGGAUAUUUUUGAUCUGCCCCCAGAAGAUGGUCAUGAAGCCGAAGUCAAACUGCUCGUCGCUACAUCUCGCGACGCGCCAGCGCAAUCAACUUCUCCUGCUCCUCCACGUAAGACAUACCAAAAGGCGACGAAGCAUGCCAAACUGAAAGCGAUCCCGCCCCAAUCGAUCUAUCCGUCUGCAUCGAAUCAUUCAUCUGCAACAACAUCUCCUCAAAAGACCUAUGGCAAACGCAAAGCUAAAGCCGUUGAACAUCAUCCAUCCUAUCAUCAGACGCCGAUCCACCCUAUUUCUCCCUCGGCACACCAAGUUUUAUCCACUUGUUCCAUGCUAAUGACGCGAACUCCCCAGGAGAUUGUCCCAUCAUCACCUUCCUCAUCAACUUCUUCUUCAUCCUCAAACUCCGGUGCGUCAACAGCGCCUAAACGCAAAUUGAAUCUUAUCUCGCGACUGAAGAGCGCCAGCGGUGAGUCGACCGAUAUUGACCGUAAUCGAUGGUACGAGUUUUCGGACGAUGAUGAUGGUGAUGAGAGUGCACAAGAUGAAUCGAAUCUAGCCUCACCAAAAACCACGCCAAAGAAUGAUUUCGGAAAAGAGCCUUCGCCUGAACUCAGCUACCAGGAACGCAUGGAACGCGAGUUAUCUUCUUUGAUGCGAUCAGAGUUUGAUGAAGAAAAUGAAGCUUCAACAAUACAAGCAUCCACACCACGCCAUAAUGCCAUUUACACUCCGGAUAAAUGUAAUGUACGAAUCACUUACAGUCGCUCUACUCGGAUACAGCACUCAACUUGAAAUGGAUAUCCCAAAUCGGAUGAAAAUUUACACAAGCUGGUGAAACAGCUCAUUUAUCGUUUUAAAUAUCUAUACAUUUCACUAUUGUAAAUAAUCGUUUAACAAAGCCCUACACAAACUUUCUGGAUGCCGCCUGCUACUGUAAAAAAGUGCAUGCAUGGAUAAAGAUACUCUGCAUAGCAUCUGGCUUUGGUCUUUUUUCAAUAGGAAUGGGAUUUUUCCAGCUUUUUGUAGGGCAAGGGUUUUUCUUCUGCAAGACUUUUUGAUUUGCUCAUUGUGCGAAUUGAUUUUCAGGGCCCAUCCCAGCUUCUAUUUUUGGUAACCAAAAUGACCUCAUUUCCGGUGACUUUGGGGUCCGGGAAGAUGAUGAAAAAAAGCUGGGGCCACGCACAGUCGGUCGUCACU